AUGGAUUACAAGCUGGUGGUUAUCUGUCUAUGCGUGGUGAUCGGGAUGUGCGAGGGUGUCGAGCCCGAAUACGCCCCUCCCGGGAUGGGUAUCAAUGAUACAGAUACAGAAUCCCUUAAAGGGUUUAGUGCCUUUUUUGGAAGCCCUACGGACUAUUUUCUUUUUAUGGAUGAAGUGAAGACUGUUUCUAUGUCUUACAGACUUGUCUGUGAUAGAGUAACUGAGAAAGUCCUGCUUAACUUCCGCAGUGAUAACCCUAAUAGGUUCUUCGUCCUCGCUCCGGACCAUGUUCUGAUUUCAUGUGAAAAUGCAACAGAAACUGUUGUUAGCCUUGGGAAUACGUCCACUACUCCAAUGCCACUAUUGUCUUCGAAGACGGACCAACCCACUGAGUUUGUCCAAUCGGAUACGGUCAAGUUACAGCUGUCUGGAGUCCUGCUUGGACGGUCAGAUUUGGUCAUUACCGUUCGUCGGUCAAGUCCGGAAAAUGAAUCCAUCAGCGAAGAUGACAUUGCAGGCCAGUUGUCGUUCACAUUUGUAAUCAAUCGAAAGGUGAAAGUUCUUGAUCGAGUGGUACAGGUCGUCGUGUAUUGUUUCCUCAUCUUCAUCACAUUGGCGUUUGGUUGUAAACUGGACUUAAAAGUGGUCAAGGAAUCCAUCAAGAAACCAAUAGCUGUAUGCAUUGGACUGGGAUGUCAAUACUUAGUCAUGCCGCUACUGGGGUAUGCCAUCGCUAAACUUGUUGCGUCCGAUCAACCCUCCGUGGCACUUGGAAUAUUUCUUGCUGGAUGUUGUCCUGGAGGAGGAGCAAGCAAUAUAUAUUCUCACCUCCUUGAUGGUGACCUGUCAUUGUCAAUCACCAUGACCCUCGUCAGCACCAUGACCGCAAUAGGUUUCCUGCCACUGUGGAUUUACACGUUAGGUCAAGAAUUCCUUCAAGACGACGAGAAAAAGUUGAACGUGCCAUUUUUCAACAUCUUCACAACUCUCCUCCUCCUCAUCAUUCCACUUCUUGUUGGCAUCGGCAUACAGUUUAAACUUCCGAAGGUCAAGAGAUUUAUCCUCAAAGUCGUCACACCUGUAACCAUAGUAGCCAUUAUUAUUCUUCUCUCGGUUGGAAUAUAUUCAAACUUGUUUAUAUUCAAACUCUUCAAUCCUAAAGUGAUUCUCGCGGGCUGUCUUUUACCGUAUUUUGGUUAUGUAAUUGGAGGUAUCAUCGCAUUUGUUCUGAGACAACCUUGGGUAAAAGUCAAGACAAUUGCCAUAGAAACAGGGAUGCAGAAUACAGGUCUAGCCUUCAUCAUUCUGCUGUUUGCGUUCCCCCCACCAGAUGGACAACUAGCGGCAGUCGCUCCAGCUGCUUCUGCAGUGAUGACGCCACUCCCUCUUUUUGUUAUAACCAUUAUAUUUGUUAUAUACAAAAAAUGUAACCCAGAAAAAUAUCAGAAAGUUACACAGAAAGAUGAAGAAACGAACGAGCCAGAACACGAAAUCAACGGCAACAUCACUCCAGAAGCACUUGAGAAAGCAAAAGAGUCGAACGUUUAGUUUCGCCAUAGGAACCUAAUUAUAUAUAUAUAUACAUAGAUAUUUUUAAUGGGGAAUUUAAAUCCAGCAGGGUUAUAUAAUGGAUGAAGGGCACAUUUGUGUUGG